AUGACAAUGAGCGCUUACUAUCUGCUCUUGACGUUGUUGAUCGCCAAUGCCAGUGCUGUUGAACCACCAACUGUCGCCAACUUGAAGGCAAGAAUAAAUCUUGCCGCCUUCAAGUUCUUCUCAAAAACUGCACAUCAUGUGGUCGACAUAGAAGUGCCGAAAAUUACACUUCCAGUUAUCACGUGCAAUCACGUUACAGCCGGACCAGGCCAUGGAACUGUGUCAGUCUAUAAACUAAACGUCACGAAGUUCCAUUCCCCAAAGUAA